GUCAGAUGUGUGCAGAGUCCAGUACACAGGAGAGAGGCUGGCGGCAGUCAGACGUGUGCAGAGUUCAGUACACAGGAGAGAGGCUGGCGGCGGUCAGACGUGUGCAGAGUUCAGUACACAGGAGAGAGGUAGCGGUCAGACGUGUGCAGAGUUCAGUACACAGGAGAGAGGCUAGCGGCGGUCAGACGUGUGCCGAGUUCAGUACACAGGAGAGAGGCUGGCGGCGGUCAGACGUGUGCAGAGUUCAGUACUCGGGAGAGAGGCUGGCGGCGGUCAGACGUGUGCAGAGUUCAGUACUCGGGAGAGAGGUAGCGGUCAGACGUGUGCAGAGUUCAGUACUCAGGAGAGAGGCUGGCGGCGGUCAGACGUGUGCAGAGUUCAGUACACAGGAGAGAGGCUGGCGGCGGUCAGGCGCCUGUGCAGAGUUCAGUACUCAGGGGAGAGGCUGGCGGCGGUCAGGCGCCUGUGCAGAGUUCAGUACACAGGAGAGAGUCUGGCGGCGGUCAGACGUGUGCAGAGUUCAGUACACAGGAGAGAGGCUGGCGGCGGUCAGACGUGUGCAGAGUUCAGUACACAGGAGAGAGGCUGGCGGCGGUCAGGCGCCUGUGCAGAGUUCAGUACUCAGGGGAGAGGCUGGCGGCGGUCAGGCGCCUGUGCAGAGUUCAGUACACAGGAGAGAGUCUGGCGGCGGUCAGACGUGUGCAGAGUUCAGUACACAGGAGAGAGGCUGGCGGCGGUCAGGCGCCUGUGCAGAGUUCAGUACUCAGGAGAGAGGCUGGCGGCGGUCAGGUGUGUGCAGAGUUCAGUACUCAGGGGAGAGGCUGGCGGCGGUCAGACGUGUGCAGAGUUCAGUACACAGGGGAGAGGCUGGCGGCGGUCAGGCGCCUGUGCAGAGUUCAGUACACAGGAGAGAGGCUAGUGGCGGUCAGGUGUGUGCAGAGUUCAGUACUCAGGAGAGAGGCUGGCGGCGGUCAGGCGCCUGUGCAGAGUUCAGUACACAGGAGAGAGUCUGGCGGCGGUCAGACGUGUGCAGAGUUCAGUACACAGGAGAGAGGCUGGCGGCGGUCAGGCGCCUGUGCAGAGUUCAGUACUCAGGAGAGAGGCUGGCGGCGGUCAGGCGCCUGUGCAGAGUUCAGUACACAUGAGAGAGGCUAGUGGCGGUCAGGUGUGUGCAGAGUUCAGUACUCAGGGGAGAGGCUGGCGGCGGUCAGACGUGUGCAGAGUUCAGUACACAGGGGAGAGGCUGGCGGCGGUCAGGCGCCUGUGCAGAGUUCAGUACUCAGGGGAGAGCGGUAGUGAAGCUCAGGAAAGCUGUAUCCUGACAUGCCAGGAUAAUCAGGCCAAGGAAGUGCAGCACUGGAGGUUAAUGCAGUUACUGAGGCCACAGAGCUGGUGUUAUUAUCAUUAAUGACUGGAUGCAGGAAGCUCAGGCCAAGCAGAGCCAGAACACAGCAGAGGUGAAGCUUCAGUGCUCAGGUCCUGCUAAGUAGUGAUGAGUGGCAUAGGCAAUAUUCAAAUUUGCGAAAUUUCGCAAAUUUUUGUCUGAAUAUUUGCCA